AUGUCAGCCUUGCGGAGGAAAUUUGGCGAGGACUACCAGGUGGUAAACACCAACCAGAGCAUGACUUUUUCCGCACCGGUGAAGAGGAAGAGGCAGCGGUUUGUGGAGAAGAACGGCCGCUGCAAUGUCCAGCACGGUAACCUUGGCGGGGAGACCAGCCGGUACAUCUCGGAUCUCUUCACCACGCUGGUGGAUCUCAAGUGGCGCUGGAACCUGCUCAUCUUCAUCCUCACUUACACAGUUGCAUGGCUGGUCAUGGCUUCAAUGUGGUGGGUGAUCGCAUAUAUCCGAGGCGACCUGAGCCACGGCGGCCACGACUCGUCCUACACUCCAUGCGUCGCCAACGUGUACAACUUUCCCUCCGCGUUCCUGUUUUUCAUCGAGACGGAGGCGACCAUCGGCUACGGCUACCGCUACAUCACGGAGAAGUGUCCGGAGGGGAUAAUCCUCUUCCUCUUCCAGUCGCUGCUGGGCUCCAUCGUGGACGCCUUUCUCAUCGGCUGCAUGUUCAUCAAGAUGUCGCAGCCCAAGAAGCGCGCGGAGACGCUCAUGUUCAGCCAGGACGCGGUGAUUUCGCAGCGGGACGGGAAGUUGUGCCUCAUGUUCCGAGUGGGGAACCUGCGCAACAGCCAUAUGGUGUCCGCGCAGAUCAGGUGCAAACUCAUCAAGUCUCGGCAGACUCCAGAGGGCGAGUUCCUGCCUCUGGACCAGUGUGAGCUGGAUGUGGGUUUCGGGACGGGGGCAGACCAGCUCUUCUUGGUGUCGCCUCUUACCAUCUGCCACGAGAUCAACACCAAGAGCCCGUUCUUUGAUCUGUCGCAGCGCUCACUCAUGAACGAGCAAUUUGAGAUUGUUGUCAUCCUAGAAGGCAUCGUAGAGACCACUGGUAUGACAUGCCAGGCGAGGACAUCUUACACCGAAGACGAAGUCUUGUGGGGCCAUCGUUUCCUCCCUGUCAUGUCACUGGAGGAGGGCUUCUUCAGAGUCGACUAUUCCCAGUUCCACAACACCUUUGAGGUCAAUACGCCUCCCUACAGCGUCAAAGAGCACGAGGAGAAGUCCUCAUUGACGUCGCCAAACUCUCUCCCCGUUGCGCCCACCCCGUCCUCCCCACAGCUGGGUAACGGAGGCCGCGGAGGCCGGAGAGAAAGGCUCCUGUCAGCCGACUAUGCAGACCACGUAGAGGACCAAGCCUCCAGGCUGCCCAGCAAACUCCAGCGCAUGAGCUCAACCAAGGAGGAGCACCUCUGGAGGGGACUGAAGACGGGGCCAGCCUUGCCUGGGGGGAAGGCCUCCAGCACAGGAGACCUCCCUCUUAGUAUUCAGCGGCUGAGGUCCAGCUCCAUCCCAGUUGUGAGGCAAGGACAGCUGGAGGAGCAGGUCCAGCUGCUGUCCUUGGAUGGAGAUGCCGAGGAGGGUGAGAUGGAGAAACACAGACUGCCAGCAGCCAUUAGCACCAUCACUGCUCCAACCCCGACCCCAGUCCAGAUCCCUUUGGUAGGGAGUCGGCCAGAGGACAAUCUGCCCGCCAAACUGCGCAGAAUGAACGCUGACCGCUGA